UCCGGAAAGGUGAAUUUUUUCCCCCCACUUAACCCGGCUGCAAUAUGGAUACCACCAGCGAAAGCGACGAACUGGUUUCUGGGGAAGUAGUGUCUGUGGCCCAUGCUCUUUCUCUCCCAGCCGAGUCGUAUGGCAACGACCCUGAUAUUGAGAUGGCUUGGGCCAUUAGAGCAAUGCAGCAUGCCGAAGUCUAUUACAAACUGAUUUCAUCAGUUGACCCACAGUUCCUGAAACUCACCAAAGUAGAUGACCAAAUCUACUCUGAGUUCCGUGAAAAUUUCAAGAAGCUCAGGGUAGAUGUAUUGGACCCAGAAGAACUCAAAUCAGAAGCAGCUAAAGAGAAGUGGAGGCCAUUCUGCUUAAAAUUUGAAGGAAUCGUAGAAGAUUACAACUAUGGUACUUUGUUGCGACUGGAUUGUUCCCAGGGCUACACUGAGGAAAACACCAUCUUUGCACCCAGGAUUCAAUUUUUUGCAAUUGAAAUUGCUCGGAACCGGGAAGGCUAUAACAAAGCAGUUUCCGUCAGUGUUCAGGACAAAGAAGGAGAGAAAGAAGCUGACAAUAAAGAAGAGGAAGCUAAGAAAGGAGCUGAUAGUGGAGGAGAAAAAGAGGAAGGAAUCAACAGAGAAAAGUAAAAAGCUAACCAGACAGGAGAAAAAGAAAGCCAAGAACCAUGUGACCCAGCUGAACCCACAAGUAUCAGGUUAAAUGAUUGCUGUUGUGCAAGUGGAGGACUCAGAGGACAUCUUUCUAUAGCUAGUAAGAGAAGCUGCUUUGGGCAUAAUAGCUUAAACAUAAAUUAACGGAGUCUCUUAGUUAAUUGUUGCUUGAUACCCUGUUUCUUGUCUGUAACUGUCAUUGCAGUAAGACAUUUUGUAAAUAAAUUUCUUUUUGUUUGUAU